GUUGCCGGCUCAGUCACUGUGCGGGAGUGGUCACUGAGGGAUGUGUGGUACCGUAACUGAGUGUGACUGAGGAAAAAGACCCGGCGUAGUUUCUCCGCGUAAUACGUUCUCGCUCUUUACCCCCCCGAACAGAAAAGAACUAGCAGUACCGAGAGUCUAGUCAGUUUUCGGCCCCCCUCCCGAUUUUACGCGAAACUACGAAAUACGCUGAUCGUGUAUUUAUUUAAGUAUUUAUUGUACAAAAGACUUUAACUAUAGCCAAUACAAUGUCCGUGGACAAGGAGGAAUUGGUACAACGUGCAAAGCUCGCCGAACAGGCAGAGAGGUACGAUGAUAUGGCAGCCGCGAUGAAGUCAGUCACCGAAACUGGAGUCGAGUUAUCGAACGAAGAAAGGAACUUAUUGUCGGUAGCGUACAAGAAUGUUGUCGGUGCAAGACGUAGCUCGUGGCGAGUCAUCUCCUCCAUUGAGCAGAAAACCGAAGGUUCCGAGCGCAAACAACAAAUGGCUAAGGAAUACCGGGAAAAGGUUGAGAAGGAAUUACGUGAAAUCUGUUAUGAUGUAUUGGGACUCCUUGAUAAGUACCUGAUCCCCAAGGCUAGUAGUGCCGAGAGUAAAGUAUUCUACCUCAAGAUGAAGGGCGACUACUACAGGUAUCUCGCAGAAGUCGCUACCGGAGAAACUAGAAAUGCCGUGGUAGACGACAGCCAGAAGGCAUACCAGGAUGCGUUCGAAAUCAGCAAAGCAAAGAUGCAGCCUACCCACCCGAUCAGGCUAGGUCUUGCCCUCAACUUCUCCGUUUUCUAUUACGAGAUCCUCACCUCUCCAGACAAGGCCUGCCAGUUGGCUAAACAGGCGUUCGACGAUGCGAUCGCAGAGUUGGACACACUUAACGAAGACAGCUACAAAGAUUCCACGCUAAUUAUGCAGCUUUUGCGCGACAACCUCACUCUUUGGACCAGUGACACACAGGGUGACGCGGACGAAGCACAGGAGAGUGGAGAUAACUAACCUUCCUAAGCUUAAGUCCUUUCUAACCUAAUAAGAACAUCCUAUUCUCUAUCGUCCCCCCGUCCCUUGAAGUGCUCACCCAUCCAUCCAUCCGAGAUCGAUUUAUCCAUUCGCCUGUCCUUUCGUCCCUCGCGUACCUCGUUUCCUUCUUCCUUUUUUUUUCCACCCACCUCUCUUCUUCUCUAUCACUUCUUUCCUCUUUCUCAUUCCGUUUACCAAUCUCUAUCGUUCUGUCUAUUUUAAAUUGCUCCUUAUUCUUCCGUUUUAUUAUUCUAUCUCAUCCUCUAUUCAGGUUUCCUUCCUCCCUUCCUACCUUUCUUCCUUCCACACUCAUAAAAACAUCACCGCCUUUUUUCCGAAUCCUUAUUUCCUUGAUCUCCUUCUUGAAAGUCGUCGUGACCUCUUUGUUCCAAUGUGCGACCGUAUAUUGCUGCCAACGCCACCGCCACAGCUGUUAAGCCCGGUUCGAAAGCUUGAACACGAGAAAAUCUAGUUCUCGACCGAAUCCUUUCCUGAAGGAUCGAUUCGCGUACUGGUCGCUGAGUAUAAUUGCUAUUUGCUACUCGCGGGAAAUUUAAAAUUCGAAUGUUUGACUUUAAAACAAGAGUGUCAGCCUUCGACAGGAGGGGAACAGAGAGAGAAAGGGGGGCAAAGAGAAAUGAAGAAAAAGUAACAAAAGCGAAACAAAAAAUUAGUGAAUUUAUGCAAAAUUAACGUAGAAUGUUAUGUUGCUGCGCCAUAUAUGACCCUUAAAGAAAGGAAGCGGUCGAGUCGUGAGAAUUACUCGGUCUCUGGCAACAAGUUUAUCCGAGGGAAUCGUAUCGACUCGUAUUUGUGUGGAAGAACAGGAAGGAGCAAAUUGUGGAUGAACAGAGGAAAGGACAGGAUAAAAUUUCGCAGACCAUGUCGCGUCGUGCAACGUUGAUGAGGAAGAGAUAGCAUAGAUGAGUAUAAUAGAGAACAAAAAUGUUCUUUGAUUAUAUAUGUGUGCUAUAAAAAAAAAAAUGAGAGAGAGAAAGAGAGGGAGAGAGCGCUGCUGGUAGACGAUUGAACGUAAAUGAUGCUAUUGACACCACGACCAACUGAAGAAAAGCGUUGAAUAAACUAGUCUUUGAGGGGUGUGUAGAAACAAAAAAAUAGUUGAUUUCAUUGUUAAGACGAGACAUGGGAUGCGAAAAACGACCACGAAACACUGUUACUACUCCCAGAUCUGCUGUUCACUAUUUACCAUCUAAAGUAUCGCUAAACAAAACAGAGAUUCGAGAAGAAAGGAAGUCAAAGGAAAAAAGCACGCAUGAAUCUAAUUACAUUAUAUCCAGUUGUCAUUAAAUUAAAUUUCACAUUGUCUAGCAAGUACGAUAUUAUUAUACGAAGGGAAGAACGCAGGAGGAGAAAGGAGAGUAAAAAUACAUUAAGUUAUUAAGUUCCAACACAACAUCAGUGGUGACUUAAUUUUUACAUUUAAUACUUUUUACAUAUUGCACGUUACUAGUAUUUAACAAACUCUGCACGUACACACGUGCGUACAAGCACACGAUCCUACAUUUUGUGUGCAUAUCCGUUUCCUUCUUUCCAUUGUAUUCUUCGUGUGUGUUUGCGUCCACGCGCGCGUGUGUGCGUAUGUAUCUGAUUUAUAUUUGAAUUGUUCAAAACGACUGGAAAGUAUUACUCGUUUUUUUGUUUUUAUAUAUUUAUUUCAAAAUUUGAAUUUGUGCUGUUAUCGUAGUUGCUGUAUCAUCGAGGUGAGUGAAGCACACAACUCCAAAAAUACAAUUUUAUUCAUCGUAUGCCAUGACCGUCCGUUGCUAGCGCGCAAAUGUCUAAGAAGGAAGGAAAUAUCUAGUUUUGGUUUUUAAAACGGCCAAUCGAUACGCGACGAUUUUUUAAGAUAUUUCUUUCUAGAUUUCUGAUGUCCUGAAUUUUCGCUCGUUCUUACAAGCUCUAAUUCUAUCGCUCUGUAUCUUUUUCUCCUCUUUGUGUCUCUCUUGUUCUCGUUAUCCACUCUCCUUCGUUUCGCCUUUCCUCUCCUCUCUUCUAUCUUUCUUUCUUCCCCUAUCUCCCGUAUAUAUGUUAUAAUAUAUAUAUGCAUAUAUUAUACACAAGAAUAUGUAUACAACAGAUAUUUACCAGGCACUUGCUCACUAAUGUCGCGAUAAAAGAAAGGAAAAGAAGAAAACGAGAACAAAUUAUGUACGCGUAUAAAAAAUUAUAUUGUUCCGAUAUUCCCCUUGACAUACAUACGCACGUAUGCAUGCAUCUAUACGUUUGUAUAUAUGUAUGUGCGUGAGUGUAUGCGUGUAUAUAUAUUAUAUAUAUAUAUAUGAUAUUCAUUUUUGUAGGCAUGAUCGAUCUCGUGAAAAUUGUCGAUAGAGUUCGAGGAUAAUUCGUUACAUCCCGCAAUUUUGCAAAUUUAUAUAAUAACUUUUCAAAAUGUCUUCUAAGCAGAGCAUUAUUUAUGAAUUCGGUUCACAAGAAGAACGUGCAGUUCUCAGAUAUAUAUAUAUAAUUUUUUUUCUUUUUUUUUCCUCCGAGGGAUUGAGGCUCCGUUAUAAAUCUUGAUCGAUCACGUAUACCACCACCACAAAUUCAAAGCGGUUUCUUUCUGGUGUCUCGGGGUGACGGAUUCUAGAGGCAGAUCAAAGACGUAUAACGGUCUAUGAUCGGCUCCACCGAAACCUCGGUAGAAGGGACGUACGUUGCCAUUUUAAAAAUGGGAAAAAGUUAAACGAUAAAUUAAAAUCGAUGCGUCCAAAUGCAACGGAUACGUUCGGUCCAGGGGCGGAUUAAUAUGUAUAUAUGUAUGAAUCAAGUGCUUCUAAUUAUUUGAGAAUUACGACAAGUCCUUUUUGUAUUUUACUUAAAUUCUAAGUAACGAUUCCUAAUUUUCAGCGAUCAAAUAAACGUAAUUCCAUUUGUUUCUAUGUUAAAACCUAUCAUUCUUUUUUACAAUAUUAAAAAUAAAUAAACGUUAAAUAUU